AUGCUGAACAAUAGCUGUUCCAGUACUCUAGGUGCUGACCCACAAUGUCAGAACUGGAAGGUGAAAGCUGAACAAGCUAAGAAAGUUGAAUUCAUAAGAACUGCAGAAAAGCUAAAAGCCCAGCUUGCAAAUACAGAAAAAGACAAAAAUGGAUACCUUUACAUUAGGAAGAGUGAUUUCAGGGUGGAAUACAGCAUGUUAGAGGAACUGGAAUGUAGCAUGACUGCCAGCAGGAAAACUGAAAAAGCUAAAAUCCUGCAGCAGCUAUCAGAAAUACAAAAUAAUGUGAAGCGACUUCAGCAUCAAUUAAAAGAUGUGAAGCCUACACCAGAAUUUGUUGACAAGCUGGAGGAAAUGAUGGAAGAAGCUGAAAAUGCAAUUAAUGCUUUUAAAGAGGAACAGAGGCAAAUAUAUGAACAGCUUUUGAAGGAGGAAAAAACUGUGAUUAACGAGCUCAGUGUCUUUGAAAGAAAAGUGGAACUGUGGGAGUUACGCAGUUCAACACCAGAAAAAAAAUGGAAAUUGCCAUCAGCCAAGGUCUCAAUUGAUAAACCACUAGAAAAUCAUCUACCUGAAGAAGUAGUAGAAUUUGAAAGAUUCCUUCAGCGAACAGGAGGGCGGAAAGGAGGCUGGGAUGAUUAUGAUCAUCAAAAUUUUCUGAAAGUAUGGACAAAACACAAAGGCAGGCUGUCUUAUGUGGAUGAAGCCCUUGAGUACCUCUGUGGAAAAACAAAAGAAAAUAUUGAGCAGCAUGGCAAAUGGUAUCAACAAUUUUUAAUUCUACAUGAAAGAAAGAAAGAGUCAAUUAAGAAGUGGAAGGAAAAGCAGCAGCAAGAAAAAGAAGGGAACUUGAAGGAGAAAGAAAAAUCAGAAAAAAUGCUUGAGGAAGAAUGGCUACAGCGUGAAGAAGCUCAGAAGCAAAAAGCAGCAGAAGAAAGAAAAAGACAGAAAGCAGCAAUUGAAGCAUGGAAGAAGCAGAAGGCAAUAGCACUUGUGAUGGAACAAGCAUCACAACUAAAACUAAAAGAAAAGGAGAAGAAGCAACAAAAAGAAUGCCAACGCCGCGUGAAGUUGCUGUUGGAAAGCUAUGCCUUGCAGAAGAGAGAAAAGGUAGAACUUGAAAAGCUUGAAAAGGAAAAGAGAGAGGAAGCUGAAAAGGAGGAAAGGAAGAGAAUUACUGCAGAACAAAUUGCUAAGUUUCAAGAACGUGAUCUCCGUAAAUUGGAGGUAAGGAUUCUACAAAAACAAGCUAAAGAAGUAGAGAAACAAGAAAAAGAGAAGAGGUUAGCAAAGUUAAUAGAGAAGGUCGAGAUUCACGUCCCCAGAGACCCGUCCAGGCUGUACAGACCUACCAAGGGCUGGGAGGAACGCACGAAGGAGAAAGCCCCCGCAGCUUCAGAACCACUUUUACAUAUUCCCCGUAGAGCUAUCCCAGCCUGGAGACAAGGGCUAUAG